GCAAGCCUAUUCCAGCCUCUAUUCCUAUUACUCACUGUCGCCGAGCUCCGCGGUCCUUCCUCAGCCGCUAAGCAAGCCCUCGAUUUCAAGCACUCAAGGCCCCAACUUGCCGCUAUCUCCCUCCCUCUCGAGCUGUUUCCAGGCGUCAGUGUCUGGAUUUAAUUUGCCUAGCUGUUGAUUUCCUCGCCAUCUUAUGCAAGGUACUUAAGCUUCAUGGAUUACCAUCUAAGCGGAGUUGUACCUAUAAGAGCAGAAGUGUGAAGAUCUACUGUUGUUGAUCCAAAGUUGUCUAUUGAUGCCUGAAUGCUGGAAGUUUUUGAGAACACUCUGAAAUGCCUUGAAAGAUGUACAACAUUGAAAUCAUUGCAGCAAAUACAUGCUCAGGUUUUUUUGAAUGGUCUUAGCCAUGAAAAUUAUGUGGCAGUCAAACUUGUAUCUUUUUGCAGUAGAACACUGGGAAAUAUAAGUUAUGCCCGCAUGAUAUUUGAUAGCCUCAUAAUAUCUGCAAAUGUUUUCCUUUGGACAGCCAUGAUUACAUCUUAUUCAAAUUAUCAAACUGAGGCAACCAGAGAGGCUAUUUUGAUCUAUAAAAUGAUGCAUCAACAUGGACCUCAUCCGAACCAUUUCACCAUGUCGUCUGUACUUAAGGCAUGCUCGUUUCUAAGGGCCAUAAGCGAAGGUAAUCAAAUUCAUGCUCAUUUAACUAAACUUGGAUUUAAUUCGUCCAUUUACGUGCAAACAACAUUGUUGGACAUGUAUGCAAAUUUUGACUGGAUUCACGAAGCAAGAAAGUUACUUUGGAAUAUGGCCGCAAGUAAUGUUGUGUCAUGUAAUGCAAUGAUUGCAUGCUAUGCCAAGGUUGGUGACGUCCAAGCUGCUCGAGAAGUUUUUGAUAAGAUGUCUCAUAGGGAUUUGAUCUCAUGGAAUGCCAUGAUAUCUGGUUAUGCGGGUCAUGGAAAUACAUUGACUGCUAGGGAACUUUUUGAUCAGAUGCGGGAGAAAGGAAUUAAUUCUUGGAAUGCGUUGCUUGCUGGGUAUUCUCAUAAAGGAGAAUGGUAUGAAGCUAUAGAACUCUUCAGGGCUAUGUGCUUGGGGCCUGUCAAACCCAAUCAUGUUACUAUGGCUAUAUUGAUGUCUGCUUGUGGUCAACUGGGAGCUUUAAAAAUAUCAAGACAUAUUCAUGGAUUCUUAACCAAAAACUGCAUUGACAUGAAUUGUUACGUGUUCAAUUCUUUAGUUGAUAUGUAUGCUAAAUGUGGCAGUGUCGAUGAAGCUUAUAGAGUGUUUUCUGAGAUGCCUGUCAAGGAUGUGGUGUCAUACAAUGUGAUGAUUGCGGGCUUUGCCAAUCAUGGACAUAGUGAAGAUGCCCUCAAGCUUUUUCCCAGGAUGCUGGAAGAAGGGAUCCAGCCUGAUGCAGUCACCUUUCUGGGCAUCUUAACUGCAUGCAGUCAUGCUGGGCUUAUAGAUGUAGGUUGCCAGUUCUUUGACUGCAUGAGCAAGGACUAUAGAGUGGAGCCAUCAGUUGACCACCAUGCAUGCAUGGUCGAUCUAUAUGGUCGAGCAGGAUUAAUUGAAGAGGCGUAUGACUUGGUAAAGACCAUGAUGGUAGAACCGCAUGCAGGUGUCUGGGGAGCCCUGCUCAAUGCUUGCAGGGCAUAUUGCCGUACCAAGGUCGGCGAAAUUGCAGCAAGGGAACUAUUUGGAAUUGAGCCAGGAAAUCCUGGUAAUUAUGUUCUCCUAUCUAAUAUGUACGCUAGGGCUCGUAUGUGGGAUGGUGUUACAGAGGUUAGAGGCUUGAUGCGAAGAAAGGGGGUUUCUAAAACAGCAGGAUGCAGUUGGAUUGAGGUGAAUGAUGCAGUUCAUGAAUUCUUAAUGGGCGACGCAACUCAUCCACAGCGCGAGGAUAUCUAUGCAGUAUUGAGGCAUCUGUCUUUACUUUUGAUCUAGGAAGGAGGUAAAUAUAUUCAAAGUUGAAGGUGACUAGCAAGGAUUACAGCCACAAAAUGUGAUCGGUUAUAUCCAAAGCAACCUUCAGCAUUCUUUCUUAUCAGAAACAGGUUAUAUAUGUGGGAGAAAAAACUUCUGAAUUUCAUAGAUGGGCAGGAUGAAUAAUGGCACCAGCCAGUAUCCUCAUGAAGAAAAUGUAUAGGGGUUAUUUGGAUCUGUGUUGUAGAUAAUGCAGCUCAUCUGUUUCAACUUUAGCUAUCAGAAUGAGAAAUGAGUUCCGAGGGGUGGUACAAGAAAUCACAGCAAUGAGCAGUCUAAUAGAAAUCUUAGGGAAAUCAUGCAAAAGCUCUGGAAGGAGUCUUCUAGUCAAUCUUGAUGGAUGGGGUAACAAAAGACUCAUUAAGCAAACUCUGGAAGACAGAAUUGAUUCGAUAUUGACAGUCUUCUUAGGCACCAAAGGUCUCGUACUCUGAUGUUGAGCUAUCCCGUGAUUAUUUCAAGUAAGAAGUGAACAUAUUCUUAGCAACCUCCAAACAACAUAAACUGUGGUCUUUAUUCUCACUACCUACCUUCGAGAAGAGCAUUCAUUUAGUUGGUUGACAUGGCUCUAUAUGUUCGUGGGAGAUUUAUGAGGGUAGCUUUGUGGCCUAUCCAAACUGGUGCUGGGUGCCAUCAGGGCUGGUAAAAGAGCAACUGCCUGAUAACUUUUAGAAGUGUUGGCAGACCAAUGGCAAAUAGCGACAGUAGGACAACAAUUCCAUGCAGACUAUGAUAAUAAAUAAGGCUACUGAUGGGUUGGCCUGGGUUUGAGCCUAAAAACUUUAAUUUUUGAAGGACUCGACAUAAGAGUGUAAAAUUAGAUUUUAUUUUAGCCUGUAAACAUUCAUUGAUUCAUACUGUUAGAUGCUCUAUGGGAAUAUUUUGGAAACCACAAUGCUCUAUGAACGCUGUGACUUCAUAUAUUGCUGCACAAAUGUAAACCACCCUGGUUUAAAUGGUAAUGAACUCUACAUUAGUGUCA